AAAGUGCUGAAUCAUGGCUAACACCAUGGAAUUGGCGGAUAUCAUCGUGGUCGUGAUCUACUUUGUCCUGGUGCUGGCCGUGGGCUUCCUGGCAAUGCGAAAAGCUAACCGGGACACCGUGAGUGGCUACUUCCUGGCCGGUCACUCCAUGAACUGGGCCGCCGUCGGAGCGUCUCUCUUCGUCAGCAACAUAGGAAGUGAGCAUUUCAUUGGACUGGCUGGAUCAGGCGCAGCGAGCGGGUUCAGCGUUGCAGCAUGGGAGUUCAACGCCAUCCUGCUGCUCCAACUGUUAGGCUGGAUGUUUGUUCCUGUCUACAUACGGUGUGGGGUGUACACGAUGCCAGAGUACCUGUCCAAACGAUAUGGAGGGAAGCGCCUGAAGGUGUAUUUUGCUGCUCUAUCUCUUGUGCUGUACAUCUUCACCAAACUGUCUGUGGACCUCUAUGCUGGUGCUCUGUUCAUUCGGGAAUCCUUAGGGUGGAACCUCUAUCUGUCCAUUUUCCUCCUCAUCGCCAUGACGGCGGUGCUGACCGUCACCGGAGGUCUGGUUGCUGUCAUCUACACAGACACAGUCCAAGCAUUUCUAAUGAUCGCCGGAGCGCUCUGCCUAACAGGCAUCAGCCUCUUCAAAGUGGGAGGAUUUGAAGGUUUAAGAACCAAGUACAUGCAGGUUACUCCAAACAUCACGGCUAUCUUACCUUACUCAUCUUCACCCAAUCUGACGGAUUUUGAAUCCUGCAGACAUCAUCUCUACCCGAAACAAGAUGCUCUGAAGAUCCUGCGGGGCCCGAUGGACCAAGACCUGCCCUGGCCUGGUUUCUUACUAGGUCAGACUCCCGCCUCCAUUUGGUAUUGGUGUACGGAUCAGGUGAUUGUACAGCGAGUCCUGGCAGCAAAGAACAUUGCUCAUGCCAAAGGGUCCACCAUCAUGGCAGGCUUCCUCAAAAUCCUUCCCAUGUUUAUCAUUGUCAUCCCAGGGAUGAUUUCCAGGAUCUUUUUUGCUGAUGAGUUGGCGUGCAUCAGUCCAGAGCACUGCAUGGAUGUCUGUGGCUUAAAGGCUGGUUGUAGCAAUUUGGCGUACCCUCUUCUUGUCAAGAAAGUGAUGCCUGUCGGCCUCCGUGGGUUGAUGAUGGCCGUCAUGAUCGCCGCUCUAAUGAGCGACUUGGACUCCAUCUUCAACUCUGCAAGCACCAUAUUCACUCUGGAUAUUUACAAGAUGCUGCGAAAGCAGGUGUCGUCCAAAGAGCUUGUGAUCGUUGGCCGGCUGUUUGUGGUUUUCAUGGUGGCCGUCAGCAUCGCCUGGGUCCCGGUCAUCAUUGUGAUGCAAGGAGGCCAGAUGUUCUAUUACAUCCAAGAGGUGUCAGAUUACCUGACUCCACCUGUAGCUGCGCUCUUCCUGCUUGGUGUCCUGUGGCGUCGUUGCAAUGAAACAGGCGCCUUCUGGGGUGGGAUGGUCGGGUUCACCCUGGGAUUGGUGCGUCUGAUUUUGGCAUUUGUUUAUCCAGAGCCACACUGCACUGAGCCUGAUGAGCGCCCAUCUUUCAUCAAAGAUGUCCAUUUCAUGUACGUGGCAGCCUUCCUGUUCUGGGCAUCAGUGGUUGUGACUGUUGUUGUGAGUCUCUGCACUCCUCCACCCAGAAUAGAGCAAAUCAGAACAACUACUCUGUGGGGGUUGAACGAGCGAAAGAAGCUAGAGAGGCAAAAAGAGGGUGGAACUAAUGAUGACAUCAAUACGUUGGACCAUCUCAAUCGUGAACCCUUAAAUGUCAGUGGUGGUGUUAUUGAAGAAGACUGUAAUGGACACACAAACAAGCUCCACAGCACAGAAAUGAAUCAUGAAACCAGUGUCACAGCCCAAGAUCAGGUCCAAAAUGGCUGCUACACCCUAAUUUCUGGCCCCAAAUUGGUAGAAGAGAGAGAAGGGAGAGGUGAGAGUGAUCGUGGGAAGGAAGUGGAAGACUGCUUAGGUGGAGCAGAAGGUGGAAGAUGUAUGAACACUUUAGAGUGGCUAUGUUGCCUCAAGGGAAAACCUUCUGAAGUCCAUGAUCUUACUGUUGAAGAAGAGGAGAAGGUUGUGGAUGAGCUCCUUCAUGAACCUCCAGGAACCAGAAUCAUGCUCAACACCGGGCUGGGGUUGGUUUGCUCCGUUGGGAUCUUUCUCUUUGUCUAUUUCUCCUUUUAGGCUCAGAAAUGUGAUCACAUGAGCAUAUUCACCAUGAGAAAAUUCCCCUUUUCUUUUAAACAUUUUGUUGAAAUUCAUUAUAGAAAAGAUCACAAUCUAUAAGGUUUAGUUGAUUCUCUUUGAUCAGGUUCUGUUUUUAAGGAGAAAUGGAUCUCACAAAUUCGGGUCAAGGGAAAUAGUACUAAUCUUUAUGAUGGAGUGAUGAAAUACUGUAUAUAUGCUGGGUUCUGCCUCUCGCCCAGUGAUGGGUGGGAUAAGAUGAAACAAGUAUAGAACACAGAUGGAUAGAGAAAUUACCACAUGAGUUCACUGGCAAGUAAAGGAUAUACUCAGGUACAAGU